GGCGGUGACCGCGCUCUUGGGACAGCUCCGCGCCCUCGGGCGGGACAGAUCCAAGUUGGGAACAGCUGUGGGAGCAGGGCCUCCAAGAUGAGGCCGGCGCUCGCCCUGUGCCUCCUCUGGCAGGCUUUCUGGCCUCGGCCUGGCCGCGGCGAGCACCCCACCGCCGACCGCGCGGGCUGCUCGGCCUCUGGGGCCUGCUACAGCCUGCACCACGCUACCAUCCAGAGGCUGGCGGCCGAGGAGGCCUGCAGUCUGCGCGGCGGGGCGCUCAGCACCGUGCGCGGGGGCGCCGAGCUCCGCGCGGUGCUUGCACUCCUACGGGCAGGCCCGGGGCCCGGAGGCGGCUCCAAAGACCUUCUGUUCUGGGUGGCGCUGGAACGCGGGCGAUCCCACUGCACCUUGGAGAACGAGCCGUUGCGGGGUUUCUCCUGGCUGUCCCCCGACGUCAGCGGGUCCGAAAGCGACACGCUGCAAUGGGUGGAGGAACCCCAACGCUCCUGCACCUCUCGGAGUUGCGCGGGACUCCAGGCCACCCGGGGGGUCGAGCCCGCAGGCUGGAAGGAGAUGCGUUGCCACUCGCGCGCCAAUGGCUACCUAUGCAAAUACCAUUUUGACGGCUUGUGCCCUGCGCCGCGCCCCGGGGCCGCCUCUAACUUGAGCUACCGCGCGCCCUUCCAGCUGUACAGCGCGGCGCUGGACUUCAGUCCCCCAGGGACCAAGGUGAGUGCGCUUUGCCCCGAGCAGCUCUCCAUCACAGCCACCUGCAUCGCAGACGAGGUCAGCGCGCGCUGGGACGGGAUACCCUCCGGGGCCGAGCUCUGUCCCUGUCCCGGGAGGUACCUCCGUGCUGGCAAAUGCGCGGAGCUCCCUACCUGCCUAGACGACUCGGGAGGCUUUGCCUGCGAGUGCGCCUCGGGCUUCGUGCUGGGGAAAGAUGGACGUUCUUGUGUAACCAAUGGGGAAGGACAGCCGGCCCCUGAGGGGACCAAGGUGCCCACCAGGCCGGCCACUGCUGCCAGCCCGGUCCCGAAGAGAACGUGGUCGCCCACAGUACAUGAGAAGCCAGGAGAGGUACCGCAUGUCCCUGGACAAGGCAGUUCAGCAACAUCUAUUCCCGAGAUUCCUCAGUGGGGAGCACAGAGCACGAUGUCUACCCUUCAGACGUCCCCUCAAGCCAAUUCGAAGGCCGCCAUCACCUCUUCAGGAAGCGUGAUUCCCAAGUUUAAUUCCACGUCUUCCUCUGCCAUUCCCCAACCUUUCGACUCCUCCUCCACCGUGGUCUUCAUACUUGUGAGCAUAGCGGUCGUAGUGUUGAUUAUCUUGACCAUGACAGUGCUGGGGCUUUUCAAACUCUGCUUCCACAAAAGCCCUUCCUCCCAGCCAAGAAAGGGGCCCUUGGCCCAGCCGGCCAUGGAGAGUGAUGCUGAAGCCGCUGCUCUGCGUUCCAAUUCUGUACAUUGCACAGACAGUGGGGUGAAGGUGGGGGACUGUGGUUUGCGGGACAGAGCAGAGGGCGCUUCGCUGACAGGGUCCUCUCUUGGCUCUGGUGACACAUAGGGAAACGGGACAAUGGGCACUUCUUCUGAGCAGAGUUUUUCACUUUCAAUGAAAAGGGAAAAGAAGAGGAACUUAUUUAUGGGACUAUUCUUAUAGAAAAUCCCCUUCCCCCAAAUUCCCUCUCCUUCACUGAGGAGCCACAUCUGAACUGGACGCUCAUUGCCUGAAGGUGGAAGAGGUCAAAGUGCCUUAUGGUGGUACUGAGGGCUGGGAUCCUACUGGGGAGAGGUGUUUACUUGUGCUGAUUCUGGGGGACUUGGAGAAGUGGUUGAACUUUUAAGAUAUUGCAAGCAAAUAGAAAACAAUACAAUUUUAAAAAAUUUAACCAACAUGGAAAGGAAACUGUCUAUAUUGUUCAGGCUGGACAUAUAUUGGUUUGAAAUUCCCAGGCAAAAAAUAAAGGAUUGUUGAUAACCCACACUCAAAUAUCAUUGGUCUCCUGGAGGAUUGAUUAUUUAGGAGAAACAGCUGAGGGGCAUGCUCAGACUAGCAACAAGAGUUGCUGCUCUUAGAUUGAAGGGGAAAUUUUCAAGUCCUUGUAAUGAGGAGUAGAUCUUUAACAACUAGCAACUUUUUCCUUGGUUCUUUUAUACUUUGCUUUCAAAGUCACUACUACUUAUGUGCUCUGCUAUAAAUCCAAACUGUAGUGUUGCCAGAGUAGCUGGCUCCGGAAGCAAAUUAUAGUUGACCACCAAUUUAAGUGUUUACUGUGUGUCCUUGCUCAAGGAAACAAAUGAUUUGUGUUUUCCUUUUCCAGUGUUUGUGCUCUCCAGUGUAAUGACCUUCCCAACCAAAUAGCCCUCUCCUAAACAUCAGGAUGCUGAUCCUCACUUCCAAUUAUGGCGAUGUUAAUUUCCAAUUAAAACGUUAAUGCUAAGUAUUGAUUUGAAAUCUUCUGGGUGCA